AUGGUAGAGCCCAGAUCUAUUCGAAAAACGAAUCCGCUAAUAUCUUUUAUGAAUAACAUGUUGAUAGAUUUGCCAUCUCCAUCUAAUAUAAGCUACUUGUGAAAUUUUGGGUCAUUGCUGGGGGGGUGUUUGGUAAUACAAAUGGUGACGGGUAUUUUUUUAGCAAUGCACUAUUGCGCAGAUGUGAACUUAGCCUUUUCGUCUAUAAUGCAUAUAACCUGGGAUGUGGAGUAUGGAUUCUUUUUAAGAUCUUUGCAUUUAAAUGGGGCUUCAUUCUUCUUUGUAUGUGUGUAUAUGCACAUAGGGAGGGGGAUUUACUAUGGGAGUUACGUGAAAGGAAUGGUAUGGAAUGUGGGGGUGGUGAUAUAUAUACUAAUGAUGGGAACGGCCUUUAUGGGGUAUGUGUUACCCUGGGGGCAAAUGUCGUUUUGGGGAGCAACGGUGAUAACUAGUUUGUUGUCGGCUGUGGUGUAUAUAGGGGAGGAAUUGGUAGUAUGGGUUUGAGGGGGAUUUAGUGUGUCAGAUGCGACAUUAAAAGUAUUUUAUAGCUUACAUUAUUUAUUUCCCUUUAUAUUAGUGGGGUUGUCCCUGAUACACUUGGUUGCGUUACAUGAGGACGGAUCGAACAAUCCGGCGGGAGUCCCGUCAGAUUCAGACAAAGUGCCCUUUUACCACUACUAUGCUUUAAAGGACUUGUAUGGGCUGGUGGUGUUUAGUUUAAUAUUAUUUGUGUUUGCAUUUUUAUUCCCAUAUGCAUUGGGCGAUCCAGAGAAUUUUAGGGAGGCGAACCCAUUAGUUACGCCAGUGCACAUCCAACCCGAGUGGUACUUUUUAUUUGCAUAUGCCAUAUUACGAUCGAUACCAAAUAAAUUAGGCGGGGUGGCCGCCUUAGCGGCCAGUCUGUUAAUAUUGUUUUUAUUGCCCCUUUUACAUUUUAGCUGGGUGCGGGGGUUAAGUUUUAACCCCCUGGGGAGGGUGUUGUAUUGAACUUUAAUAUCCGACUUUAUCAUAUUGACUUGAAUAGGGGGGCAACCAGUAGAGGACCCUUACAUAUUGAUAGGGCAAUUGGCAUCCGCCUAUUAUUUUAUAUAUUUUAUAGUUUUAAAUCCAAUGGGGGGGUAUUUAGGGGAUAUAUUGAUGGGAUUGCGAAGGACCAAUCGAAGAU